UUUGAACCUGCUGGUUGGACAGACAGGCAGAUACCUCCUUAGGGAUAGCCAGAGAUAAUCAGGGAGCCGUGAAUGAGGAAGGAAGAGUGGAAAAGGUCUUGCUACUGCCGGGCUGACUCGAAAGGGACGGAGGACAUCAGCGGUAGAGGACAGGGGUAGCUUCGGGGGAACCAUGGCUUCGGACAUGGCAACAAAGCGGCUGCGGAAGGAGCUGAUGGCGAUCAAGAGGAACCCCAUCGACAAUAUCGUUGCGAUGCCGAUGGACAACAAUAUUCUGGAGUGGCACUACGUCAUCACAGGUACAAAGGGCUCCCCGUACGAGGGCGGGCAUUACCAUGGGAAGCUCAAGUUUCCCCCCGAGUACCCGAUGAAACCGCCGUCCGUGAUGAUGAUGACCCCGAACGGCCGAUUCGCCUGCUCCAGAAGGCUCUGCCUGAGCAUGUCCGACUUCCACCCGGAGUCGUGGAACCCCGUGUGGAGCGUGAGCACGAUCCUAAUGGGGCUCUACAGCUUCAUGCUCGACAACGCCGCGACGUUGGGCAGCAUCACGAGCUCAACGGCUCAGAAAAAGAGGUUCGCGACCGAGUCUUUGGAGGUAAAUUGCAAGAAUCCGGCCUUCCGCAAGCUUUUCCCUGACCUGGUGGAGCUGCACGAGCGACGAAAGUCAGAGGCCAUCGCACAUCGGAGAGAGGUGGAUUCGAGCUCCUCGGCCGGCUCGGCGACAUCCGGGGCAGGGUUAACGACAGCGGGAGUAGCAGGCGCGGCGGCGGCAGGGGGAGGGCCACCAUCAGGAGGCAAGGCGGGAUCGGGCGCUUCCGCGGGCGGCGGCGGUCGAGCAGGAGGAGGAGGGGGCGCCGGGACGGGGGGGGCGGGGGCAGGGGGGGGGGAGUUUUUUUGCUGGGCGUCGGUGGCCGUUGCAAUAGGAGUCUGCGGGGCCGCCUACGUAUUAGUGACGGUAGAGUGAAGUUGGUUUCUUGUUUUAUUUGUCGGCGGCGGCGGCGGCGGCGGCGGCGGCGGCGGCGGUGGGUUUCAUACGGGGAUGAAUGAUCGUGAAGAGAUGGGACUGUCAGAAUGUGAACACCGGGGUACACAUGCGUGGGGGAUCUUUGCCUGUUCUGGUUCCCGCGCCGUUGGCAGGAGUGUCAGCCGUGGGGAACAUAGUUUGUGUGCAGCGGGUUUGGUUUCCCACCGGCUCCUGAUUUUUUAUUGUUUGGCUUAUGUGUGUUAGGGAUCGCCGUGCGGGUGGCUGUCUGUGUAUGCCGCCGCCGGGGGAUUGUGGUGAUGUUGCUCCGAGGGAAUCAGGGGAAGGCUUACCCGGGGCAAAGAUACGAACCACUUACUGGACCUGGGGACCGGCGGGUACAAGGGUGGGCCCAGAGCACAAUCUGUGGGGUAUGCGGCGCUGCAGCACCGGGAAGGUUAGGAAUCGUGCGGGAAUAUGAUUCGCGCCGGGUGUAAUCUAAGGAGGUGGUCGUAGACGUCAUUCGUUGCGGACAUACGGCGUGACGGAAGAGACGAGGAAGGGCCAUUUUUUUUGUUUGUGUUGCUGCAUAAUACGUGUACGCUGCUCGGGUUGUACUACACGAAACUCGGCUGGGCCCGGAGUGGUUCGGCUUGCCGCGGGGAUACCUCGCACAUUUUUGCGAAAUCUACGUAUCAAAACCAGGGUUCACUUGGGGCGAUUUUCAUUAGAGAUUGCUGUAGUAUGUUGAUACAUUUCGGCGUGCAUGGUCAAACCGGGGAAUGGCAUCAACACGCUUAUCGCAUUGCGUUUGUGAUGCGCUUGACGGCGAUCGGGCUGUUUCUGCUGCCCAGAAGAACCCUCAAUAAAUGAUUCUAGGAGAUGGCAUGACUUCAGUCACACGGAACACCUUCAUGAGCGUCGGCAGAGCUGAGAACAAAGUGUUGAUGUAGCCCUUUUGGCACG